UUGUGACACUUAAAGAUGUAGGUUUUUUUUUUAAAUGCAGUAAUAUUUGUCUCGUUACAGUAAACAUAUUGACUGAUUGAUUGCUUGAUUGGUCUUAAACGCCACUUUCGGUAUUAUUGUGCUAUUUCGUGAUGGUCAGUUUUUUAUUGGUGGAGGAAGACGGAGUGCCAGGAGAAAUCACCGACCUUCGAUUAAUCAAGUCGUGUUUCCAUGGCAGGUAUAUGCAAAUUACUUGUACUUACCGGCCUGUCCGUCAUCAUUAUUAUACUUCUGAUGCCAGUACACAUGCUUUCAUUUUACAAAUCAUGUAAACAUAAGUCUCUGGUAAACGCUUUUCUUCUUAUCAUCGCUGUUAUACUGUUGGUGCCAGUGAAUAUAUUAAUGUUUUACAAAUCAUUUCCAGAAUAUGAAUUUCUUUCUUCAACAAAUGGUCAGUUCAACUGCAGGUCAGCUGACCACCAGACAGUGUCAAUGGAUCCCAUGCCGGAAGUUACUAUUUGUGGUUCAGCACAAAAUAUGUUUAAAUACAAAGGAGUUUAUGCAAACAAAACUUUUGAUUGUUCUGAUAAACGCCAUAACUUUGAUGUUAAAGUUGAAUUGAGAAAGAAAUUUAGAGAUAAGAAAUAUUAUAAAAACAAAAUAUUGUUUGAAAUAGGGUUGACAGAGAGUUCCAUAAGUUCAAAAUAUAUGCGAGACAUGUAUGAUGGAAAGAUUUGGUCGGUUUCAGCAUAUGUUUGUGAAAACGAACAUGGGAUAUGUUUCCACGAAAGGAAUGAUUUCCCGCCAAAUAUUGUAAGGCAUUCAUACAGUGUUAGUGGAAGUUUAAUUAAUACCAAUGUAGACCUCUCUGUAGACUGUCAUCAUAGUGAUCAACCUCAGACAGAAAAUAGGGUUACUCCAGUUUUUGCCUUAUAUGAACCGGAUGUUAUCGCAAUUUCAAUGACAAUAAACUCCGUAAUAGACUUUCUCAGUUUCAAUGGCUCAACACUUCAUCGCCAUCUUGAAUUAUCACCUGACAAUAAGAUCGUAUCGAACACACCUGUAGAAUUAUUUGCGGAUGUAAAGAAAACAAAAUCGCCGUAUGGUGUUCUAAAGUAUAGUGAAAAUACGAAACAUUUACAUCACAUUGUUGACUUAGAUAUAGACUACCAUCAAAAUGUUGAAAUUACCGAGGAUCUAUUUGAACUAAAUAUAGGACAAAUUGACACAGAGUACAGAGUUGUUGGCCACUUUACUGCUGAAGUUUGUCCGAUUGAUCAGGAGUGUACAACCUUACAUCUAGAUAUGAUAUAA